CUUGGCCAGCACUUCACUCCACGCCGCACCAUUGCUAGCUCGAACUUCCGACAUUGAAUUCUCCAACUACCACUAGUGAAUCGGCAUCAUGAGUCGGAAUUGGGUUCCUGCGCUUAUGGCCAUUGGCAUGGGGGUUUGGACUGGAUACUAUAGCUUCCAGCCUGCGUUGAGAGACCUACAAUCCGGGAAGGAGAGCAAUACUCAGACUCAGCAGUCGCCUGAUCAAAAGAUCGCCCAGCCGUCCGCACCCAGUUCGAAUGGCGAUUCAAGCAAACCGGCAGCAUAGCUUAACGAAACAUAUCCCUUCGUGAGUGCUUAUAGAUUGGAGCUGAAGGAUGCGGUUUGGUCUGCGUUCGCCGCGACGCCGCUGCUUGGUGGUACUCUGCUGAGACACCAGAAAGCACCUGUCCAUCCGGAGGUCCGAUAUCGUACGGAAUGCGAAAACUCCGUGGCAUAACGGCAUAGAAGUAUUGGUAGAGGCCCGCGCUGGUCACAUCAGUGACAGCCUGUUGUGGCUGGAUAAGCUAAGAGAUUCGAAAUUCACCCAGACUAUAUGGGUAUGGCGCGACUGUAUAUAUACGAGCCUUCACACCACAUGUGGGCAAAAAGCUCAGGGUCAUCUACUGUCAACUUCAGGACAUGGCUGAUCCCUACUCCUCGAGACUCAUUGGAAUCAUUAGAUUAACUGAAAUUGUAC